CAGUUUUUCUCGAGUAGUGCUUACGAUAACAAGUGAAAUUUCAAAGAACGGCCAGAGAUUGUGAAAUUUAAACAAAAAGAGAAAAUUUUUCCUAUAGAAUUUUCCAAAGAAGAAAAUUUUGUGAAAAUAUUUACAAAUCGAGUUUAAGAAAACGUGUUGCUAGAACAUAAGGAAAUUAUUGUGCGUUUUUUUUUUGAAAGCAAAAGAAAAAAAAUGAUUUAGAAACAGAAUUUCCUUUGAAUUUGCACCGCGAAAGAAAAGCAAAAAGGAAAAUUACGUCGAAAUUAAAAACGCUUAACCUUUGUUCGUUAAAUGCUUUGCUAAGAAGCAAACAAAAAAAAAAAAAUAUCUACAUCAGAUUUGCGCGUUAUAUACUCUAGAUCUGACUCGGCGCAUAGAUAUCUUCUCGGUCGGAUUGUCGGUCGGUUGGCUGGCUGGCUUGCAUAUAUAGGAUUUUCACUUGGCCCGUGCUUUGUUAGUCGAAGAGGAAGAAGUACGAAACACAAGUAAAAAAUCGAAGCGUAUUAAGACCUCUUAAGAAUUGGAUUUGUGUUUGUUUUCGAUUGCUCGUGCACAACGCAAUAAGUAGACCAACAGAGAUCCGAGUCAUAUCCUUUGUUGUUAAUGUAAUUUGUUGCGAAUUAUUUUUUCGUAUUGGUGAAAAACACAAUCACACCCGCAUCACACAGCACACAUAGCCGUCCGUUCGUACAAGUGCCAAUAAUCUCUAACAAUAAAUCAACAAGAAAUAAUAAAAGAAAGAAAUCGCAAACGAAUCCAAGUGUGCCGGCGGUUUUACACAAAGAGUGAAAAUAAAAUUUCUGCAUAAAUAGCCGCCAUUCUUUACAGCAUGGCCAGUAAUGAAUCAGCUGAGACUUUUAACGAACUGAAUACAGAAAGUGCAGCCAUGCCUAGUGAAAAUAACCAACAACUGUCAGCCAUCGAGGAGGAGGGAUCAUCUCAAGGGAAUGCAGUUGCCAGACCCAGAUCCAACUCUCACCAAAGAUCAGCCGCCUAUCGCGGAGUGCGUUUUGCCACCACCGAAGUGGUGGCCGAUUGUGAGGAGGACUCCUGGUGGUGGGAGGUGGAAAAUGAGAAUCUCUCGCUGGACCAGGUGCCAAAUGUAACAUCGGUGUUUACUCCAUCGCCGGAGGAUAUUCUGGAGCAGCCCAGCCGCCUUGAGGAGACACAAAUGUCAGCCUAUGAGCAGGAAUUUGAAAGUUUGCAUCGCCUUGCCAAACGCAUUAAGAAUACCAUGAAUGAGCAAAGGGAACGCCAUCUCAGUGAGUCGAGUGAGAAAAGCCUCACGGACUCGGUAAAACUGGACAUUGCCGAUAUUCUGGAGCAGCCCAGCCGCCUUGAGGAGACACAAAUGUCAGCCUAUGAGCAGGAAUUUGAAAGUUUGCAUCGCCUUGCCAAACGCAUUAAGAAUACCAUGAAUGAGCAAAGGGAACGCCAUCUCAGUGAGUCGAGUGAGAAAAGCCUCACGGACUCGGUAAAACUGGACAUUGCCGACUGCACUCGAAGAGAUUCCUGCUCUUCGGUGGGCAAGGAACAAUCGCUGGAAGAAUUUAAGGAAGAGUUGCGUUUGAAGCGUUUGGAACGCCAAACGGCUGUUCAAGGUAUGCGAGAUGAAAUAGCCGAAUUGCGCAAACAAUUGGAAAGAGAGCGUGAGAUUUCAAGACGCCUACGCAAAGGAGAAAAAGUAGAGGAACCCCCCACCGAGCUGCUUAGUUCAAAAUACUCCGCCACUACUCCCCCUGAGGAGGAACUGCAAGGUGCCACUGCCCUACGGGAUAAAACCCCAGUCGCUGGUGCUGACAAUGAUGACGAUGAUGCGAAUCCUUUAAGCCGCAGCCGCCAUGCCAACAUUGAGCUGGCCAAUGCCCAGCUAGCACUGCAAAUGGCCAAUUCCGACAAUCUUUCUUUGCGUAGCGAAUUGGAUAUUGUGCAAAAGCAAGUGGCUUCAUUGAAAGAUGUGAUUGCCUGUUGCAAACAAAUGUUGACCCUUAAAGAGGAGCAAUGUAAUGAGUUAAAACAAAGACUGAGUGAAAUUGAGGAAUCCUUUGCCGAGCAUGAAAUGAAAAUCAUGUCGGAUAAUUUACGCCAGGAAUAUGAAAGACAAUUGGUUAAUAUCCGUCAAUUGAGGCAAUUGUAUGAGGAGCGACAACGCGUGGCUGCAGCGGAAUAUGAAAAUUUGCAACGUUUAAUUUCGAUUAAACGCGACGAACUGGGACAGGAGCAGGAAAAAACCAAAACUCUCGAAGAACGAAAUCAAAAUAUGGUACGAGAAAUUGAACUUGCCAACAAUGAACUAGCCUGCCUGCGUGAUGAAUGUAAGGAGCAUAGAUUUGAAAAGGCUGCCUUAAAGGAAGAAAUGGGAGCUGUUAAUACGCUCUUCAGUCAAAUGGUGAUGGGUUUUAACGGUAAAAACAAUUUGGACAUCGAUAGACUGACAACCAUGUUGGAGGAGAAUCGUACAUUGUUAAAUGAUAUGGCAACCAAGGAGUGUACGGAUGGUGCUACUUUGCCAAAAUUAUUAUUCGAAUUAGUCGAGCAGGCCAGCGUAGUAGACACGGCCAAUGACAAGGAAAAAACUCCCACACCUCUCAGUAUGCCAGGCAUUAAAGAGAUGACUAUGCAAACGACAACAGCGAAAAACACCGACAAUGUUGCCAAUGCCCUGGAAGAGUCGUCUGAGGGAGGUGAUGACGACGAAGAUGAAGAUUAUAGUGAGGAUGCCACCACUACCAACUCACAAAAUGAGGACGCGGUGAUGGAUAAUGAAUGCAUGUCGGCAUUAGCAGCAAAUGAUGGCAGUGAUACAACACCCUCAGCUACAGAAACUGCCUUAGACCAGGCCAAUCAUGGAGAACAACAGCAUCAGCAUGAUGUUGAUCUACCACAACAGCAACAAAUAAUGCAAGGGAACGUUGUUGCUGCACCGAGCGCAGAUGUUACUACAGAAGCUGUAGCAGCAUCCAUUAAUGAAAAAGUUAGUGUUUCCCAGCAACAGUCUAAAGGCAAAAAGCAACAUCAUCAUCACUCACAUCAUCGUAAGGGUUCCAACAACAGCAGCGGCAAUAAAAAAGCCACCGCCAGCACUUCAUCUUCUUCAAGUGUUGCCAGCGAUGAUGCAGUUGCAUUAGCUACCUCCGCCUCCCCCACCCGCCGCACAAUGAGAUUCAAUGAUGCUGCUGUCGUGGGUAAAGUAACAUCUACCCAAGAAAUUAUUGGUAACCUACCAAAGGUGUGGCGCGUCCUAAUGGAGCUGCUUAAUCACCAUCACACAGAUCCGGUGCCAUUCGAGGAGAAUGGCAAGGGUGAAGAUUGCUACAAGUCGAUUGAGACUCCCCAAGGACCGAAAGCAGAGCUGAGUGUUAGCAAAACCUACUUGAAGCUCAAGGAUCUAAUAUUGGAGAAAAAGUCCUUAGUGAAAGAAACUAAUCGUCUGAAAACAUUAAACUGCCAUCUGGACUUUCGCCUAAACGAACAGGAGAAACGCCUGAGUGCCGUUAGCUUGGAGUUGACAAAAACUUGGCAUUUGGUUGGCAAAAUGCAACGUCAACAUCGUCAGUUGCACACCCAAGAGCAAAUUCUACGCUACCAAUUGCAGCAGAAGCGUCGUCUAUUGCAUGAACUGAAGGAUGAGUUGGAGUACUGUCGCCGCAAGUGGCAGGCAGCCCGUGCCAAAAACGAUGAAAGUCAAGAGCAGUGCAAUGAUUUACGACGUGAAUUCGCCCGGCGCAAAUUGGAAGAUGCAAAUAAUUCAGCCGAGAGUGGUUACAGCGAUUCGGGUGGCCCGGUUUCUGAUGAGGAAACCUUGACGGUGGCCGAGGGUGCUGUGGGCGGUGGCGCUGCUGUGCCUCAAGUUGGCCUUGGUGCUGCUGUUAAUGAUGGCGAAGAUGAUGUUGAGGUUGACGUUGACGUUGAUGGGGAUGACGAUGCUGAGGAGUUGGACGUAUCUUCCACUUCUGCCGGGGGUUGCGCCAAUUACCGGCGCAAACGUUUGAGGGAAAUGUUUGAGCAUACACGAAAAAUUAAACGUAUGCAAAGCACAUCUCCAGGCCGUGCUAAUGGCAAUAAUAUGGACAAUGUAGAUGUGGUUGUGUUGAGGUGGAAUAGUGCACCACCUACAUGUGGUUGGAGGAUGGUUGCUGGUGGCGACGGUGGUGGUGUUUGUAAUGACAAUGUGGCUGAAGCUCCACCAGGAGUCGUGGAGCCUUUGACAGCAAGAGGAGCUAUACCCAAGGCUAGUACUAGUAUUCGGCCUUCAAGGAAACCUCAGCGACGCCUUGCUGAGCGUUCAAAUGCCACCGAAAUGGAUGUGGAUGAGCCUGUGGCUGUUGCCGGGGCUGCUGAAGAUAGAGCCUUUCGCAUUCAACGUCUGGAAGAACAAUGUAAAUCUUUAAUCAAACAAGUUCUGGAAACAUCUGAUAACCGCGAACGUCUUGAGGUGCAGCUGAAACGCUUUCAAGAUGAAAUGUCACCGGUGCAAUAUGCUGUACCUUUGGAUGAAAUUCUAAAUAAGAAGCGUGUGGAUCGCAUGACUAGGGCCAGUUCUGCCCCAGCACCGGGAACAUUGACUCCACGCGAAGAGGAAUAUACCCGACGACGUUCGGAACGUUUAGGCCGUUUGGAGGAGGAAAGUCGCCAGCUAUUGUUUCGCAUUAAACGCACCUCCGAUAGAGGUCACUACCUGCGUUGCUCGUUGGAUCGCAUACGUCGAGCUCAACCCUCGCGUGAAGGAAGUUUUGAAAGUAAUACCGAAGAUGAAGGCAGAAAAUCCGAAGAUGAAACUCCUUUGACCAAAAAGGACAACACCCCAAAACAGAAAACCGCGGUGGAAGAAACUGUACCCAGUGCAAAUACCACUAACAAAAGUCCUCUCACUGCUGAGGAGGAGGCCUACACAGCCCGCAGAUCUGCUCGUUUACAAAGACUAGAAGCAGAGAGCAAACAAUUGUUGUCGAAACUUUCACGUAACAAUGAGCGUAGUGAUAAUUUGGGUUCCCGUCUUGAUACACUUCAUGAACGUCAUGCAGCUCAGGAUGCAUUAAGUACUAGCACAUCAUCUCAGGCAACUCCAUCUCCAUCGGCAUCUACUUCAUCUUCGACCUCAAGAACUGUGCCUUCUAACGGCAAACUAACCACCGAACAGCGCAUAGAGAAUAUAGAGAAAAUUUCAUCGAAUCGAGAGCAACGUUUACGCAUCUUAGAGGAGGAAGGUCGCCAGCUCAUCAAUCGUCUGUCCGAAACUUCAGAAAAGGGAACGCAAAUGAUUAAUCGCAUUGCUGAAAGAGAACUUAGCCGUCAGAAUCGCUCAAGCUCUACACCUCAGAGGGAUGCUGUAGCAGAUACAAAAGAAGAGCCUUGCAGCUCAGCAAUGGUCACCCUCUUGCCUCCACUCAAGAAUGUUGCAUGUUCCAGCAUUGUAAGCGAGGAACUGACAGAACGUGUAACCAUAACCACCAUACCCAGUCAAAUUGCCACCCACAAAGGAGCCAUACCAAAAGUAAGGCCCAACAGCACUCCAAAUAAACCCACAACACAGCUAUUGGCCGCUCGUCCCAAAUCGGCGCGCAUUCAAAGUGUAAGUGCUAAAAAGAAUUGUGAUGAUAAGGAAGAGUCAUUGGAAGAUAUGGUUAGACGUUUGCAAUCACUUCCCUUUCCCAAUCAAGAAAAUGGCGAGGAAAAACCCGAAGACUCGUCCUGCAAUAAAGAUGCAAAUGAAUCGCCUGCUUUAAAUGAAAAUAAAUGUGAGCCAACUCAGGAAACUCCCGCUCAAGAGCAAACGGCACCUCAGGCCAAUUUAGAGACAACCGAUGUCAAUGCUGCUUGUGAUGGCGAUGUUGCUCCAGGCAAUGUUUAGACUUAUAAUCAUCUCAAAACUCAAUAAGACUUUAUUCAACGUGUUCAAUUAAUAAUGAUUAUCAUCAUCCAAUCCAAUGAAUUACUAACGAAUUUUUAAAUGACUUUGAAGGAGCACUCCAUUUGGAGUUUCCUCAUAACCAUAGCUACAUACAUAUAUAUGUACUAACAUUUAUUUAUUUAUUUCUUAUAUACACUCAAGUACGAACUUAUAUAAUUUUAUUUAUGUGAAAACAAACAGCAU